GCAGUGGGAGGAUGCAGAGAUCAUGGUGCUCCUUCAGGUCAUGUACACAGAUUUGGAUUUCAUCGCAGCCUUCAACAUCGAGCCGGCGGUCCUGCAGCACUUCCUGUUCGAGGUGUACCGGAGAUACAACAACAUCCCCUUCCACAACUUCAAGCACUGCUUCUGUGUCACCCAGAUGAUGUACGGUCUGAUCUGGCUGACGGACCUGAAGAGUAAGAUGGACAGCGAGGACCUGCUCAUCAUGCUGACCUCUGCGGUGUGCCACGACCUCGACCACGCCGGGUACAACAACGCCUAUCAGAUAAAUGCUCGGACCGAACUCGCUCUCCGGUACAACGACAUCUCUCCACUGGAGAACCACCACUGUGCCAUAGCUUUUGAGAUCCUGGAGAAGACAGAGAGCAACAUCUUCAGAAAUCUGUCCAUGAAUCAGUACAAGCGGAUCAGGGAAGGGAUCAUCAAAUGCAUCCUGGCCACUGACAUGACGAGGCACAAUGAGAUUCUCAACAAGUUUAAGUCCAUCCUGACAGCUUUUGACUUCACCAACAAGGAGCACAGAGAAGUGCUGAUGAUGAUCCUGAUCAAAGUGAGCGAUAUCUCCAACGAGGCGCGGCCCAUGGAGGUGGCUGAGCCCUGGUUGGACUGUCUGCUGCAGGAAUUCUACAACCAG